AUGAUGAAAGCAUUUACCUUCCUUCCAGGCCACCGCUCGGGUGGGCAAGAUACUACAUCAGGCGACACUCGUUCAACCCUCUCUAAGAGGCGAGAACAACUUCGAAGAGCUCAGCGUUCACACCGUCAGCGGAAGGAUCUGUACUUUAAGAGCCUCGAGAAAGAAGUCUUGCGCCUACGCGCAAGCGAAGUGGAUUUGCUCGUGCAAGUUCAGAGUCUUCGCGAUCAUGUCGGCCUGCUUCAGGGUAUUCUGGAUAAACAUGAUCUAUCAGUGCUCACCACACCCGGUGGCGAGUUUGAGACAACUGAUAGUAGUGAUGCAGACGUAAUCGGGACCAAGAACUCGAUCCAAUGCCUUGAGCAUGUUGGCAAUUGGCCGAGAUUCUCGGAAUCAAAACAGGGUGUGGAUUUUCAGAGAAACAACCCAUCCUUUCAUUGGUCCAGUCAAAACAUUUGCAGUGGUCAGACAUCGGACCAUUCUCCACAAACUCAUGGCAACAUCAUCGAGUCAACAACUAGCCAACAGCCGGCUCUGCUCUCCUAUCCAGAAACCCACCGUUCUCUUUCUCAUUUAAGCCAUUCGCAACCGGGAUACGUCGAACAUUUCUCUAACCGAGACACGACUGACAUGGGCAUGGAAUUCGUCUUGUCACUCGAACGCCCCUGUCUUCCUCAUUUGGAGCAUCACCUCGACAAGCCCAACGGCCAUACCCUCCUCGCAUCUGCUACUCUCCUUCACCCACAUCAGCACCAGUGUAUCCCGUCCGCUGUGUCAAAGCAAAUAUCGUCCCCGCGGGAUCCAACCGUCAUAUUUGCCAACCUUCUAUCGUUGUCUGAAACGCUCGUCCUUGAGGAUGAAGUUAGCCCGAUUCAAGCAUGGUGUUAUAUUCUCCAACAAUCGUGGGCAGAUAAGCUUGAUACAGGCAAGCUCAGAGACUUGAGCGCGUCGCUUUUGAAGAUUAUUAAAUGUCAUGGUGAUGAGAAGGGAGGCUUUUGA